ACAACAUAAAACAAGAUAAUGCUUCGUGGAAGAACGUUAUUGCUUAUGUGGGCAAUUUUGAAAGUCGCCAGUACGGGAAAGAAGUAUAUUCUUCCCUCACUAGGAUUAGGUGGAGAAGCCGAAGACAAUGGCGUGGGAAUUACUUUGUUACUGUCAAACCUCGGUACUGACACCGUUUAUCCGACUGCUACGCUUAAACAAAACCACACUGACAUAUUAACGUACUCGUGUCCUGUCGGAAACGACGACGUAAAGAUUGAAUAUAUGACAAACUUUCAAGAAGAUGUACUCCUGAAUAAGUCAGAGAUGGCAAACAAAUCUAUUGAGGUCGUGGCCACAAACUUUGACUUUAAUUUACACGUAGUAUAUGAAAAGAAUGGCUACUCUGAAGGAUAUGUCGCCUUGUCUGCAUCAGAUAUUGGAAAUGAGUAUUACGUCAGCACAUUCUGUGCUCUUGGAGGAUAUUGUCAAAUUGCAAUGGCAUCUGUGCAGUCAGGUGUUACACGCUUGUACGUCAAGCUUCCAGAAGAAGUUGAUGAAGUUGUGAUCUGUGUCGGUGAGAUGUACUGGCGGAGCAAAUACCAUACGUCCUUCAACCUGACGUACCCAGAGACAUUACAGAUCGAAACAACACAUGAUCUAACGGGUACUUUCAUCUACUCCGACAAACCCAUUUCCGUUAUCGCUGGUACCCGUUCAAUGCCUGCACAGGGUGGUUCUCUGCUGCAUUUUAUGGAACAGCUUGUCCCAGUUUCGCAAUGGGGCACAGAGUUCGUUGUUAGAGGAUUUGAAACUGCUUAUGGUUGCGUUAUCCACAUUACUUCUAGCGAACGAAAAACAAUCGUUCAAAUGUCAGGAUUUAAGACCGUUGAGAUGACCGGAAGUGGCCAGACAUUGAAAAGGAGGCUCGAAGAAACUACAGUCAGUUACAUAAAAUCAAACAAGCCAAUUCAAGUAAUGGUCUAUGUUGGAAUUACGUACGGCUCAUAUGACGCCAUCUAUUCAGUUGGCAUGACGAACAUUCCGGGAAAAGAACACUUUCAGACGUCAUACGUCUACAAUUCUAAUAGGGAAAAUACGUUCUUUCAGUAUGUAAUAGAAGAUGGUGACACUAUUAACAGUCAUUCGAACGCCAUUGUUACAAAGGUGCCUUACACACAUUAUCAAGUGAAUACAUUAAAUUUGACUUCAACAACGGACAGCAACAAAAAGAUUUCAUCAUCCAGUUCUUCGCCAUUUGGCGGUAUCUUUAUGCUUGACACUGCAGUGUUUCCGAUGGCCCCUACAAUAGCCACAACGACCGGGUGUGUUGCUGAUGAGACCAUGAUGAGUGUGGGAGAUGGUAUCGACAAUGACUGUGACGGCAGUAUUGACGAGGACUACUGUUUUGAAGAUGCAAAGAUAACGUCAACGUUCAUACCUGGCGUAACGGAUAAAAUUCCAGCGUACACCACCAACGUCACUGGCUUUUUUGAGUUAUUGUUUCGCGUGCAGUCGUGCGGGACGGUACUGGUUGAACUAAUUGACAAUAGCACGGGAAAAAUUGUGGUGCACAUAUCGAGGGCACAGAUGAUUAUAUACAAGUGUUUCCCUAAAUGUGACAAUAUACAGUCAAUAAACACCACGAGUAUGCUAAGCAACAUUAAUUGUUCCAGGUAAUGUGUUUUACAGUUUAGACAUGUAUAUUUAUUUUAUAAUCCUUUUGGAAUUGCAUCGUAUCAAUCAUUGUUUUCAGCAAUAACUGUUAAAUUUACAAUUU